GACAGCGCUCAUGACAGACAGCAGAUAGGGCGAGAGAAAAAAAACAAGGGGAAAAGAUAAGCGGCUGCCAGAGCCUCGACAAUAAUUGCAAUAACUGAAUUGUCUCUCGUUGCCUAAAAGCUUGUUCUUGAAAAACGUAUCACCACAUUUGGCAAUGAGGACAUCUGUCGCCCGUGCAUACCAUUUGUUUUUGGAAGAUUCGGGGACACAACUGAAUCGGGUUUUUACAGCUGAAAGGGUGUAAUUAAAGCUUGGGUAGAGGGAAAGGUUGGAAAUAGUGUGGACAGGACAUUUCACCAUAUCCAACGGAUACUUAAAAAAAUGAUCUCAUCGUGUGUUAUUAAACAAAGGUUGAUUCCGUAGCCUACUAUUCCUAUUUCAAUCUCUAAUUCGUGGUGUUGGUUUUUUGAUUUUCCACUCAUCUUUUUCCGUGGUAAAGGAUGCCAGACCAGAUCUCGGUAUCCGAGUUCCUCUCGGAGACCACCGAGGACUACAAUUCCCCCACGACUUCCAGUUUCACCACCCGGUUGCAGAGCUGUAAGAACACCGUCAAUGUUCUGGAGGAGGCUUUGGAUCAAGACCGGACUGCUUUGCAGAAGGUGAAGAAGUCUGUGAAAGCCAUCUACAACUCUGGUCAAGAUCACGUCCAGAAUGAAGGGAAUUAUGGCCAGGCACUGGACAAGUUUGGUAGCAACUUCAUCAGCAGGGACAACCCCGAUCUAGGAACCGCCUUUGUCAAGUUCUCCAGCCUCGUCAAGGAGCUGUCCGCACUUCUGAAGAACCUGCUCCAGAGCUUGAGCCAUAAUGUGAUCUUCACUCUGGACUCUCUUCUCAAAGGGGACCUCAAAGGAGUUAAGGGGGACAUAAAGAAGCCGUUUGACAAGGCAUGGAAGGACUAUGAGGCUAAGUUCACUAAAAUUGAGAAAGAGAAGAGGGAGCAUGCUAAACAACAUGGGAUGAUUCGGACUGAGAUUACCGGAGCUGAGAUUGCAGAGGAGAUGGAGAAGGAGCGACGUCUCUUCCAGUUACAGAUGUGCGAGUACCUGAUCAAAGUGAAUGAGAUCAAAACUAAGAAGGGAGUUGACCUGCUCCAGAACCUCAUAAGGUACUACCAUGCACAGUGCAACUUUUUUCAGGAUGGAUUGAAAACCGCAGACAAGUUGAAGCAGUAUAUUGAGAAGCUUGCAGCUGACCUGUAUAACAUAAAGCAGACCCAGGAUGAGGAGAAGAAGCAGUUGACGGCUCUAAGAGACCUCAUUAAAUCAUCUCUGCAGCUGGACCAAAAGGAGUCUAGGAGAGACUCUCAGAGCAAGCAGAGUGGAUACAAUAUGCACCAGCUACAGGGGAACAAGGACUUUGGCAGUGAGAAGAAGGGCAAUUUGAUGAAGAAAAGUGAUGGGUUACGGAAGGUGUGGCAAAGGAGGAAAUGUUCUGUGAAGAGCGGCAUUCUCACUAUCGCUCAUGCCACAUCUAACCGACAGCCGGUGAGACUGAACCUACUGACCUGCCAGGUCAAACCCAGUGGGGAGGACAAGAAGUGCUUUGACCUCAUCUCCCAUAAUCGCACAUAUCAUUUCCAGGCUGAAGAUGAACAGGAGUUUGUGAUCUGGAUAUCGGUGCUGACCAACAGUAAAGAGGAGGCACUGAACAAGGCGUUCCACGGGGAGCAGAGUACAGGAGGAGAGGACACCCUGGAGGACCUGACCAAAGCCAUCAUAGAAGACGUGCUACGGAUACCUGGCAACGCAAUCUGCUGUGACUGUGGUGCAGCUGAGCCAAAAUGGCUGUCUACUAAUCUUGGCAUCCUGACGUGUAUCGAGUGCUCUGGGAUCCACAGGGAGAUGGGUGUCCACAUCUCCCGCAUCCAGUCCAUGGAGCUAGACAAACUGGGGAGCUCCGAACUCUUGCUGGCUAAGAACAUAGGGAACAGUAGUUUCAAUAGCAUCAUGGAAGGCAAUAUUCCAUGUCCCUCGCCAAAGCCCACCCCAUCAAGUGACAUGACGGUGAGGAAGGAGUACAUCAACGCGAAAUACCUGGACCACAAAUUUGCCCACCAGACUGGCAAAGCCACGGUUCCAGGCAAGUUGUCGGAGGCGGUGCGCUCCCGGGAUCUGCUGUUACUUAUCCAGAUUUAUGCCGAGGGGGCGGAGCUUAUGGAGCCCCUGCCCGAGGCAGGAAAGGAGCCCGGUGAGACUGCCCUCCACUACUCUGUGAGGACUGCUGACCAGACCUCCCUGCAUCUAGUGGACUUCCUGGUGCAAAACAGUGGUAAUCUAGACAGGCAGACGGAGAAUGGAAACACUGCACUACACUACUGCUGUCUUUACGAAAAACAAGAAUGUUUAAAACUGCUACUGCGGGGCAAACCAGCCAUGGACAUCGCCAAUCAAAGUGGAGAGACUGCUCUGGACAUUGCAAGAAGGUUGCGAGAUACCCAGUGCGAGGAACCGCUGAUGGAGGCGGCAGAGGGGAAGUUUAACCCUCACGUCCACGUGGAGUAUGAGUGGAACCUGCGACUGGAGGAAAUAGACGAGAGUGAUGAUGACCUUGAUGAUAAGCCAAGUCCUGUGAAAAAAGACCGCUCUCCGCAGCCCCAGAGCUUCGGCCACCCCUCCAGUACGUCCUCCCCUCAGGACAAGCUGACACUACCGGGGGGUUACACCCCUCACAGGGACAAACAGCGCCUAUCCUACGGGGCCUUUGCCAACCCAGUCUACAACACCUUCACAGACAUGUCUCCCUCACCAGGACCUGACGGGACUACACUACCCAGCAGGACAGCAGGGAAAGCACCCUCUACUGGCCCGCCUACCUCCCUUCCCCUGGGCUCCCAGACUGGAGGCAGCGGGGGCAUCUCCACCCUUAAGAAGAGACCCCCACCCCCUCCCCCCGGGCACAAGCGUACCCUCUCAGACCCCCCCAGCCCAGUCCUGCAAGGCCCCCAGAGCACAGGAAGCGUGUCCACUCCCCCGCCUACAAACAGGACCUCACCUGGAAACAAGUUUGAGCAGCAGCAGAGCGCUACCAUUAGUAAUACAAAGUCAACACUUGGUCCAAGGGUUCUACCCAAACUACCUCAAAAAGUGGCACUACGGAAGAUUGACACUAUCCACCUCCCUUCAGUGGACAAGCUCUGCCAACCUCCGGAGGUUCUACAGAGGUCAACCUGCGCCCAACUAGAGUCUUACCAAAAAUCGCCCCAGCCACUGCAGACCCCCGGAGACACCCCUCAGAGGGCCCCGUUGGCAGAAAAAACGCAGCUAAGUGAACUGCCUCCCAAGCCCCAGAUGUCAGAUCUUCCCCCCAAGCCCCAGCUCUCUGACCGACCCCAGAAACGACAACUGUCGAAUCUCCCGCCCAAACCGCAGCUCAAGGACCUCCCGCCCAAGCCUCAAUUGAGCGACAUCCCUCCAAAGCCCCCUGUCAGUGAGCGGCUCCCUCCGGGCGAGGCCGUGCAGACUGCGAUGGACAAGCAGUCUUGCAGUCAACAAGGGGAGCUAUCCCCCAGACAGGCCAGUGAGGACACCAAUGGAUCCCCGCCAAUUGCAGUGGAAAUGCCUGUGCCGCUGCCUCGGAAGAUCAACACUGGGAAGAGUAAAACUAAACGGGUGAAGACCAUUUACGACUGCCAGGCAGAUAACGAUGAUGAGCUGACCUUUGCAGAGGGAGAGGUUAUCGUCGUCACAGGAGAAGAGAACCCGGAGUGGUGGAUCGGGCAAAUAGAAGGACAUCCCGAGAGGAAAGGGGUUUUCCCCAUGUCCUUUGUGCACAUUCUGUCCGACUGACAGCCGUAGAGACCAUUCCUCUAAUCUAGCACAAGCUGGCCUCACAUCAGACAAAUGCGAACAAAGAAUCCAACCCAGCCUCAUUGCAAUGAAGACUUAUUAUAUAUAAACUGUGAUAUUUUUCCUAGCCACCGUGCUUCUACACCUGCAUUGCUUGCUGUUUGGGGUUUUAGGCUGGGUUUCUGUACAGCACUUUGAGAUAUCAGCUGAUGUACGAAGGGCUAUAUAAAUAAAUUUGAUUUGAUAUCCUGCCUACCAGUAUUACUGUAGCAGCAACCCAGCAUGAAAUUGGGUUUGCAGUAGCUUUCCUCAGAAUUUCUCAAUGUAUGCUGUAGCUGUAUUUUCAAUGACGGCCUAGGAAUAGUGGGUUAACUGCCUGUUCAGGGGCAGAACGACAGAUUUGUACCUUGUCAGCUCGUGGGUUUGAGCUUGCAACCUUCCGGUUACUAGUCCAGCGCUCUAACCACUAGGCUACCCUGCCGCCCCUGUGUAUGUCCAUGUAGGUGUGUCAUUGUACAUACAUAUGCACACCUAAGAGUGUAUAUUUCUAUACUUAUAAACAAGUGUGCAUAUGUACAUUGACCCAGCUUGCUCAGAAAGGUAGGGCUAUCUUCUUCUUGUUCCAACGGUCUACCAUUUUAGCUUGACUGUUUUAUGUCAUUAUCAUCUCUUGAACUCUUGAAAGUAGUUCAUGAUCAUGAGAUUUGAUAAGGAGUUUGUUACUCAGAUAAUAAUAUACAGUAUAUUAGCCCUUAUGGCACAUAUCCUCUCUCUCUACUGGCCUGUUUAUUUGGCAAUGCAACAAAGUGAGUUGUGAGAUAGCUGAAAGACUGAAAGGUUGGAGGAAGUAUUUAUUAAUGACAAAUAUAAAAUGUGUUUGUUUUAUUUUUGCUUAUAAUGGGAUCCAUUUGAAGAGACUUUUCUGUCACGGUAAAUUAUACAAUGCUAAUUUGAGCGAUAAAGUGAUUAAGAGCCUAGGAAGUCAAACCAUUUGUUGUAGUGCUGGCGGCUGCCACAGUUACUGCAUCAAUCCCCCAGUUGUUAGUAGUUCUCCUUCACCUUAAUUGUGAUAUUAUAUGAUUACAUGUAUAGUGCGAGAAAUAUGCACUUGUUGUUGUGCAUUUUCAUGGAAAUCUCCCCUGCUUGACCAGAGUAUCAAUCCAUGAAGUGAAAAUGGUAUUACACAUACACACACUCACACUAAUGCACACACAUUGUUUCACAAGAUCAAAUAUGAAAAUUGUAAUCAAACCAAGCAUUGUGUGUGAUACAAAUUAUAGCUCGAGGAUAGAUGCUUCGUUUCAUACCGGGCUUCCAUCAGUAUUGGUCUGCAAGUUUCAACGGAGAAGGAUGAAGUUGCCCAACUAAUGGUUAAAGGGGGACUGAACUUCCUCAUUUAGCCACAUUAUUCAUAUUGUCCAUUAAGAAAUGCAGCAGCCAUGACUGAAGCCCAAUGAGAGUUGUCUUGUACAUUCACUCCACCAAAACAGUACACAAUUAGUCACUCACCCUUAUAGAUAACUUUCUUAUUAAAUGAUUUCAUUUUUUUGUAUAAUUUAUAGUUGGAGGAUUUGGAGAUAUUGUCGUUUUAAAUUUGAGGCUGACAAACUCCCCAGUCCCUACUGAUGACAAGCACACCCAUAACAUGAAAAUACAGACAGUUUCACUUUGCAUUGGAUAUGACCCAAUACUUUUGUUUUUAGUUUAUGCCAGAAAGUAAAAAUCGAGUUGUCUUGCCAUAUUACUUAACGGUUGGAAACAGAUGAUUUGUAGUGGAUGUUUUAAUACAGGCCGAGUUGUCUUGCCGUAUUACUUAACGGUUGGAAACAGAUGAUUUGUAGUGGAUGUUUUAAUACAGGCCGAAGCAUGAGGUCAUAUUGUUGAGCUUCAGAAUUAUUAUUGCUUUUUUUUUAUACUCUUAUUCAAUUUUACGAUGAUUCAUUUCUAUGUUUGUUUAGAUUUGUCAUGGAGGAAUUUGCUGUGACUGACGGAGGUGUGAAAAUGACUCUGAAUGCCAUUUUUAGGUAGAAGGUUUCGCCUUAGUUUAAAAUAAAGCUGUUGUCUUAUUAACAGGAAGGAAAUGAUGAACUAUUAAUGCUUCUUGUAUUAUAUUUGAUGUUGACGGUCAGUGACACUUCUUAUGACUAUAGUUAGUGAUUGCUAAAUGGAGACACCUUUUAUUGUGUAUUGAGUGUAAAUGUAUGUUUGUUUCUGUUUGGGGUAGAAGAAGAAAAAACUGUAUCAUUGACAGCUUCACCACUAUCAUUGUGUUUGGAAUUGACUGUCUACAGUAGCUCAUUCAGGUUAUUCCUUGUGGGAGACAAUUUGUUAGCACGUCUUGUUGUUAUUGUCCUAAUAUGUGUGAUGAGAAUUGAAGCUUUCAUCACAGCCCCCUUAGACCAGUCUUUUUGUUACAUUUCUCAACAAAGUUUGUGUGAUUUCAGCACAGGCAAAACCAGUGGGGUCCCACUGAUGGAGGUGUGAUUGAGCCAUGGCAAUCAAUUGGCUGAUUCCCAAAUCCUCUAGAUUUUUACAUUUACUUGAAUAUUUAUUUAAUCUAGAAUUAUACCAGAAGCUGGACAUGGGUAGUAAUAAUUAAUUAAACAUAUUCUAAUGCAUCAAAUUCAAGUCAGAUUCCGCGCCUGUGUUAUUCUAUGUUAUUCCUCACUCAAGUUGGAUGUAUAUUGGACUGGCACUGCCAAACCGUGCUUUUUAGAAGGCUAGUUUGACAUUUGUUUUAUUGUGAAAUAACUGGAUGCAGAGCUACCCAUGUUCCGCUUGUGUGUUGGCUUCAUUGUUUGAUAUUGUGUGUUGAGGACAGAACCAUGACUCCAUUAUUCAUUGAAUAAUAAAGAUUUUAUGUUGAA